AUGACAGAGAUCAUUGAUUUAGAACAAGGAGCGGCGUACGGUUAUCACCGACGGUCAUUCGGUGGAAGUGACGUCAGCGUAUAUUAUUCAGACGGGGAAGACAUGACGUCAUGGGUGGUGGAAACGAGCGGUGGAGGUGCGAUGGAGUUAGGGUGUUCGUGUAAGGAAGAUUUGGCUAUUGCUCAUAGACAAUGUGCUGAAACUUGGUUCAAGAUCAAAGGCGACAAAAUCUGUGAGAUUUGCCAAUCGGUAGCCAAAAACGUGGGGGGUGCGAACGAAAUGCAUGUGACGUCAACAGUGGAGGAAAGAGAGUUGAGAAACGGUGGAGGCGGUGAGGAGACUGCAGCAGUAGCAGCAGCAAUAGCGAUAGAGAACAGGUGGCAGCCACAGAGAGUAGUGAAUAUAGUGUUAGCUUGUAUGGUCUUUGGCUUCGUCAUAUCUUGGCUCUUUCAUUUCCAUGUCUCAUCGUCAUCUUAA